UUACAAGUUUGUUUGGAAAAACUAACACGCUUAAUAAAAAAACUAACGCAUUAAUCAAAUCAAAUUUAUUUAUAAAUUUAUAAUGGUUUCAAUAAAAUUCUUGAUUAUAAUUGCUAUCCUGGCAACCUUGAUGUUUGCAGAUAUUGUAGAGGCCGCCGCUAAGAAGCAACGACGCAAUAUAAAACACAAAAAAUCGACACAGAAUGGUAAACUAAAAGCCAACUUGAAACAACCAUCAGCCUCAAAACCGAAUCAACGCAAUGGCAAAAUGAACUAUUACAAUUCACAUUUCUGGCCAUCAGCGAAUACUUACUAUCGUCCAGUUACAACUUCACCUUUAUUUCUACGCUCGCCUUCUACAUCAUCUUCGUCCAUGUUUUAUCCCAUGCACUGGGGUAAUUCCUACAUUAAUCCCUCCUCCUCCUCACACAUGUCUUCAAACAACUUAAGGCGUACAGAUGAAUUCUCCACUUCGCCAGUGUCAACAGCUCAGUCAUCAGUGAUGUCAAUGCCGAGUUCAAAUACCCCCAUGUCCCCCAUGAUGUCCAUGAGUAAUUCGCAAAUACCUACUCUCUAUGACAUGAGCGCUUUUACUGGCAACUCUGCCUUAAUGGAACAUCCCUUCAUCAAUUCCAAUCAAAAUUUAUGGUCUGUUGGUGAAACGAUAGCUCCGACUUCAAAACCUAAAUUGAAUCUAUUUAAUAGCUUUAAUUAUAAUGAUGAUGGUAGCCUCUUUGGUGGCUUUUUAAAUCAGUUUUUAAAAUGAUAAUAAA